AUGGCGUAUAUACUGAGUGCCGUGGUGCUAUGUGUGUCGCUUGCGCUGUGGUUUUAUAACCUGCAGACGUCUGGUUUCGAUGGAGAUGCCGCUGCUAUGAGGAACAAAGUCGAGGAAGUAUUCCUCGAGAGCUGGAGAGAUUAUAGUCAGUAUGGUUGGGGUUACGAUGUUUACAGCCCGACCUCUCAUCACAGACAUAAUAUGCUUGGGGAGGAGCGCCCUAUGGGUUGGAUCAUAGUCGAUUCCCUGGACACUUUGAUGGUUAUGUACAACUCGAGCGCCAAUUACAAGGAUGAGUUUAGAGAGCACAUCAAUGCAGCUACAGAAUGGAUUGAUCGCGAAUUAAACUUUGAUUAUGACAAUUCGGUGAGCUUGUUUGAGACUACUAUUAGAUUGUUGGGUGGGCUCCUCUCCGCAUAUCACUUGUCUACCGAGUUAGAUCUGCCACAACGUUACUCAAAUAUAUACCUAGAUAAGGCCCAAGACUUAGGUCGUCGUUUGGCUGUUGCAUUGGAAGUGAAUAAAGAUGGGGUCCCCUUUCAGACCGUUAAUUUGAAGCACGGCAUUACUGCGAUGGAUGGUGGCGGGUAUACUACCACACCAACUGCUGAAUUCACCACUCUACAGAUGGAGUUCAAGUAUUUAGCUUAUUUGACAGACAAUUCAACUCUGUGGCAACUAUCUGAGAAACUAUAUGCUCCAUUAUACCUCAACAAUAACUUGAUGAAUCAAUUCAACGGCUUGGUACCAAUCUUAACAAAUUCCCAAAACGGUAGGUUCAGUACUGCUACAAUAAGACUCGGGUCCAUGGGAGACUCGUUCUACGAGUACUUGUUAAAGCAAUAUCAGCUCACCGGUGAAGAAAUAUAUCGUCAAUUGUACUUGGUGUCACUUGAUGGGAUCGCGAAGCAUUUACUUGGCCGCACAACUCCAAGCAACCUUCUGUUCAUUGGUGAAAGGGAGCAGGGUCUAAAUGGACCUUUUUCCACAAAAAUGGAUCAUCUAGUAUGUUUCAUUGGUGGUGUGUUAGGUAUGGGCGCUACGAAUGGAUUACAUUUAGAGCAAGCAAGAAAAGCUUCAUUCUGGAAUUCUGAAAGAGAGAGUGAGUGGCUACUUGCUAAGGAGUUAACGAAGACUUGUUACGAGAUGUACCAUCAAGUCCCUACGGGACUCGCACCAGAGAUUGUGGUUUUCAAUGAUGGCAAAGCUAGGCCAGGUCAUGAUUGGUGGAAGAGUAAAAAAGGUGAUUUCUGGAUCAAACCCAAUGAUGCCCACAACCGUCAAAGACCUGAGGCUGUAGAGUCUAUUAUGUUCCUAUAUCAACUCAGUGGUAAUGAAAUGUAUAGGGAAUGGGGUUAUGAGAUAUUCCAAAACUUCAUACAAAACACUUGUGUUGAUUGUGACGAUCCUAAGAGCCGUAAGUAUGUUAACUUAGGCGAUGUUACGAAGCCCGGUUCACUUGGUGAUAACAUGGAAACAUUCUGGUUAUCAGAGACUUUGAAGUACAUGUAUUACUUGUUUAAUGACAACGUAGAUUUGACUUCGAUGGUAUUCACAACAGAGGCACACAUUUUCCCAAGACUCUCGCAUGCUACAUUGCUCAAGAAGGGCUUCGAGACCAAUUGGCACAAAUCAAAGAAAUAA